UUUUGACGGCGUUUGUCGUGAGAAUGGCUUUGGUCGUUAAGAAGGGGGAACUUGAACUGGAAAUGUAAGAAAUAUAAAUGAGGACGCACAACAGUGUGAAUAAUCGUUUGGUAAAAUUACAUACUGAAAUAUAGUCAAAUAUUAUCACCGGAAGCGGAAGUGCGAGCAAGAAGGCCGCCGAGAAGCACACAACAGCAAUAAAGGAAAGAUGAACGUCCUAGAUGGAUUAGAGAUAUACAUCCCAGAAGAGGCUCAAAUAAAGAACAUAGCAAUUUGGAGUUUACCGCCCUCAGUGGUGAGAGGACUGGGCCUCGCCGCCAUGGACCCUAAUUGCGUGAAGGUACUUGCAGAUUCCCCACGAGGCAUAUGGAUCUGUCCAGCAGUCUUGCGAAGCUCAGCGACACACGACGCCCGCUCGCUGCUCACUGCUGAGUUCCAGCUUUCCCAGAGUCCCUUGAAAAUCUACUCAACCUCGUCUAGUGUGGAAGCGUAUAACGUGUUGAGGAAUAAUAUGCCGGGGACCUGCCGCCCUCGUACCGCCCUCUUGUCUCACGUGGAGAAGGCACCUCACAUCUCUGAGGAUGCCAUCAUCAUCUACAAGCAACACAUUUACCUGAUGAUGAGGGUAUCUACACCAGGCCGACAGGGGACAUGUGAAGCCCGGGAGCCCAUCCCUCAUUCAGCAUCACCAGAGGAGGACCAGAAGAAGCUGGAUGAGCAGCACGCUGCAGCCCAGGACCAAGUGGAACAUUUCAGUGACAACCAAAACCAUUUGGAACAGGCUCAUUCUGUCAUCACCUAUGAACCACCCGACAGCUAUAAGUGGCUCACCAGCGAGUCUCCGCAUUCAGACUUUUGCUCAACUCCCAAAGAAGACUUUGACUAUAAAGAGCUGGAGCAACAGGAAAAGAUUGCUCGAAUGAAGGCCAUAUUAAAAGAGAAGCUCAGCAGCCUGUGUGCCACUAAGUGAACCCUCUUUCAUGCCGCCAAUGAUUUUUCUUAAGGAACUAAUCACAUUCAAGUGUUGAAAGGCUACAGUCCAAGCCACCAUUAAAUGGCAGGAAGAUUGAAGCAUGUGGAAAGAAGUUAGGUUUGUUAUCAUUUGCCACCACAAGGGGGCGAUAUUGGUUGAGUGUAGUGAUCAGACCCCAACCUAAAUCACUUUGGAAUAAGAUGUGAUCAUCUUUUUUUUUUAGUUUAGUCUUCAUUUUGAAGGGACAAUGCACAGAAACAUUACGCUCAAAGAUAGAUAUGUUCUGUACCAGAUUAUAGCUCAUUUCCAUCUGCAGUCCCUGGCUACCUAAAUUAAAGGGAUACAAAAAUCAUGCAAUAAAAAUGAUGACAAUAAAAUCAUACACAAGUAUUAAGAAGAAAGUCAUAGUAUGGACACAUACUUAAUAUAUAAUACAAGCACAUCUCAUUUACAUCAUCACACAAAGACAAUACAUGCUCUUGUUCACAUCUGUCAUCAUUUGUAAAAACAACCAGGAUUUUAACACACACACCUCACAAUUUACAACAAAAAUGCUCUCAUGGAUAAAUAUAAUACACAUGAAGUUGACAUGUCAAUCAUAGUGGCCACCUUAGUGACCGUGUGAGCAGCUUUGAUUGCUCCAAAGCCACUUUUAACUUCAAUUGUGAAUGAAGAGUCAUCAAGUUUGUUGUGAGUUCGUUCCAUUCCUUUAUGGCUUUAUAUGAAAAGGCUGAUUGUGCAAAAGAUGUUUUACAUCUGGGUAUGCUACACUGCCCCCUGGUGGAGGCUUGUGUGUUUCUAGUUGUCACAGCAGAUGUCAACUGGACAAAGUGCUUAAGUGGCGCUGGUGGAGUGUUAUUUAGGAUUCGAUGGGCCAUUCGUAUUGAGGCUAAUCUUUCAAUGUUAGCUAACUUGAACAAUCUAUAUUUUUGGAGAACUAAACAGUGAUGGUGGUGUUGUGGUUUUCGCUCAAGGAUUUUGAGCGAUUGUUUGUGCAAAGUUUCCAAUGGCCUCAGUGUCAUUUUGCUUGCCUACGACUAACAUGUUAUACAAUCAUAAAAAGGAGACAUAAUCAUUGCAUUAAAAUAAGUUUGAGCUGCCUCCAGUGUUAACGAAUUCCUGAUACAUUUGAACGUUUUUAUGUUGUAUUUAAGACUCUGGCACAUCUGUUUGAUAUGUUUUUUAAAGCCAAGUGUUGGCUCUAAAAUGACACCCAGGUAACGAUAUUCACUAACAUUUUGUAUUAUUUCCUUAUUAACCGUUAUAUUUGGAAAGGAUGACAUUUUAUAUUUGUUUACAAAAUACAUUGUUGCCGUUUUCUUUAUGUUUAAUGUAAGACAAGAGUCAUGUAGCCA